UUCGCGCGGUGGGCCCAGCAUCCGGACGCGUCUUCAUCCUACAAUCGUUCUAGCUCGCCUAACGCGUAUACAGCCACCUUUUAGAGGAAACAUUUCCGCGCGUCGACGAGGCCGACAUGAAGCGCGCUGCGGACACCGAGCUCGGCGGUAGUGGCAAACGCAUUCGCAGAACUGAUGCAGACGCGCUCGACGACGGCGCGUCCGACUUCGACGCGACCUACAGAAUCAGUACCAUUGACGAUCUGCAGAAUGGCGCUGGAAACACGAGAUUUAUACAGGGUACUCUGUCCAUGAAGUAUCCUCCUAUAAAUGGCAAGAUACGGCUCGUGAUGAGGACUAGCGGCUCCGCUGUGACUUUCAACUUCGAUGUCGUGCUUUUAGGAUAUACCUCAGAACACCUUGAAGACAUUCGAGCCAUCCCAUGCAAGAGUACCGUGCAAAUAUCCCUCAGAGGCGUUUCAGUGGAGAUUGCCAAGAAUGCCUCCCCGAAGUUGACCUUCGCCCAAGGUUUCCUGCUGAGGUUUUGGAAGCCGUCGGAAGGUUCUGAAAGCGGUCAGAUCAUCAAUACUUUCCAGAACACAGCAGAGCACGAAAAACCAGCUAUUGAUGCGCACGGUCAAGACGAUUGGUUCGCCACACCGUCCAAGAACCUCACCUCAUCGAGCAGUCAUGCCUAUCCAAUGACUGGCGGCUCCCCGACUACGCUGCCUGCCCCCGAGGCCACUUCGACGAUGGCAGCUGAACCCCCGCUAUUGUGUGCGUCUUCUGAGGAACCAGAGGCAUAUGCAAAUCUGAGGUUGACGGAAGUGAUUGGACAUCAGCAGCAACCAAACAAGUCCGCCGGCGUGUCCCCGUCAAAUAUAGAACGAUUCAAGGAACAGCAUAUAUCUCGACAAACAGCUGCUCUGCACCGAGAGUUUUUAGACAAGCGGCGUAAAUUGAAGACCCUGAAAGGGCCAUAUUCCAAACCGACUUCCAAAUUCGGUGGACAACUUUCUAGGGCUUCAUCACACAUUACGGCCGACAAGAAACUGCUCUCAACGCAACAAAAACGAACGAAACAUGAGAAGAAUGCAAGGCGCAAGCUCAAGAGGCAAUUAAAGGAAUUAAUUGAUUCUGGACCGCUGACGACCUCGGCUGAGCCAGGCACCGCCUCUUCUGCGUUGCAGUCAGCCGCCGAUCGUGCGCUAUCUGCUCCUGCUCAGCCGUCCUCGCCACCUGCGAACAGAUCACUUCAUAUAGAGGAGGGCACCGACGAUGUUGCACUGGCUUCUCCACUGCCUGACCCGUCCUCACGGUCGGCUCGUUCUCUCCUACCUGUCGUACUCGGAGGAGCACAAAAGGAGCACACACAGUGUCCUUCCAUAGGCUCGAUGCCAACUCCCCCGCCGUUGCAUCAGAGCAUUUCGGCCCCGCAGUUAUCCCAGUCUGAUGCUGGCGUUGCGUCCAUUCCGACCGAUUCUACGUCCAUUUCUUGUCUGCCUGGGAACUGGACCUUUACUAGUGCACCUUCCUCCGUUUCAGGUUUUCGCACAGACAACGGUUAUUACACUCCUCUGGUAGAGGUAAAAGUGAAGAACAAGCCGUACAACGUGAUGGGAGUGGUGAGAUCCGCUGGAAUGCCAUCGAGCACCGCUAGAGGCGAGUUCAAGACGAGAGUCAUGUUGAUGGAUCAGUCCCUCCAUGACUCCGAAGAGUUCGGCGUUAACCUGUUCAGCAAAUUCGAGGCUCAACUUCCCACACCUAACCAAGGAGAUGUUCUCGUUCUACGGAAUCUCAUGGGUGACAAUUACAACGACAGGCCCAGCGGCACAGGGCCCUCGUACAAAGGCUGGACGUGGGCACUCUUCGACCCCCGACUCGGCCAGGCGCAGCCGGAAAAGCCUACCGAGAGCAAGAUUGAGUUCCAGCUAAGCCAGAAUGAAGCUCAAUGCUGUGCUCAGCUAGCGACGUGGUUCAACACGGUUGUUCCAGGUGUCUACGAUGCUACAGUUCACAAGAUCAAGGGCCCUUCAGUCCAAGCGAGGAUACACAGGCUGAUCAGCGAAGCGUCGCCGGAUGCAGAGCCUCAGGGAUUCUUUGAUUGCACGGUGGAGGUACUCGACGGCUACCCGAAUGACAACGGCGUGUACAGUUUAUACGUCACGGACUACACGUCCAAUGCCCAGCUAGCGGUGGUGAACAAGGACCGCUGUGCGGACAUGGGGAACCGCGUGUUGAAACUCGAGCUGUUCAAUGAGGCCGCGGAGUACGGACCCAAAUUCAAGCCCGGCGAAUUUUGGUUCUUCGGAAAUAGCAGGAUGAAAGUCAGCGAGGGCGGGUAUGUUGAGGCUACGUUUUCGGCUGUGCAGAAGAUGAGGAAGCUGGACGAGGAUGAGCUGGACACGGAGCCUCACCUGGAGGCGUUGCUCAAGCGUAAGCAAGAGUGGUUAGCGAAGCAGGAAGCUAACGGCGGCGCGGCCGCCUUCCCGCAUCUUCUCAUCGAGCAAGCCGAACCUGAUCACCACUUCCUCUGUACCGUAGAGGUCCUUCAAGUGUCCUCCAAAGACACGUACACCUACCUCUACGUCACUGACUACACUUCCCGUCCUGACCUUUCUCCAGUGGCCGCAACGACACCGGAAUUCCGCGAUCUGGAGGAUCGUGUAGUCAAGAUCGCGCUAUUCGAUGCACAGGUUGAGUCAGCAAAAAAUCUGGAAUCUGGCGACUUCAUUUUGGUCCGAAACCUCCGGAUGAGGCCUUCCCGUAGCUCUAGGAGGCUGGUGGGGAGGCUCGCAAGCAACCAGAGGUAUAUCGUGAAACUGCAACCUGAUGCAAGGAAUGAGGAGCUCAGAGAUCUGCUACGGCGCAAGGAAACAUGGACCGUACAGAGGAAUCAGAAGAGCCGAAAGAACGAACGUAAGAAGGGUGGCGAGAAGAGGAUCGCAGGCCGUUACACAAAGGGCGCCGCAGCAAACCACCCAAGGCUUUUCUUCCCGAACAACGUGGCGAGCAUCCCUCCAUCUGAAAAUACCGCAGUUGCAUGCAAGGUUGCCAAGACCAUCCAACAGGUAGAGGAGAGUGAGAAAUGUCCCAAUAAAUUCCGCAUCCGUGCUCGCAUUGUCGACUUCUUCCCGGAGAAGGUGACGGACUUCAUACAACGCCGUUGCGCCGAGUGCCAGCAAGAGGUUCCGUCCAUGCUCCGAUAUUGCAAUACUUGUGAUGAUGCGAUGGAUCCUCUCAACACCACGCAUGUACGAAACUUUUACGAAUUCUGGAUCGUGGUGGAGGAUGAGGCAGGAAGCCAGUUGCGAGUAGCUGUCUGCGAUGAUCGAUGCCCACUUUUGAAAGGUCUUGAUCGCGAGCCAGACAAUUUCGACAGCGAUGAGGACGUGCUGGACGAGCUUAUUCGGCGUUUGGCACCUCUCCUUGGCAAUCUCUUAAUAGUCCGCGAUGAUGUGGCCCGGCGCCAGCUUGAUGAACCUGAUCUGAUACCUGAUACUCCGGAGCUGGCGAUGGUGAUCGGCAGCAUGCCCGGCGGCAAGACAGAAACGAGGGCGUAUGUGCUAAUGGAACAUGAAGUUGUGUCGUGACCUAUACCAUCCUGCUGCCCCGAUGUUCAACUUGUGUCUCUUUACAUGUCCAUCUUGUAACAGUAGCUCUUCACCUGCAAUGGAUACCCAUCACUGUUGUUCCCUGCCACAGCGUACAGCGCCUCGCGA